GUAUCGAGGAGUGUAUUGCUCUUGUAAAUAGAUAUUUUUACGCAAUAUAUAUUAUUUUUAAUAUACCAAAUCUAACAACGGAUAAGUAAGUAUAACUAAUACAUGCAUUACUAAUGCACUCUAUUUAAUAUUAUUUUUAUACACUCAACUAGACGAUAAUGUAUACCAAUAUUGGCCCUUACGAUAGAAAAGAAUCAGUCCAUGACCAAAGAUUUGUUGUGUUCAACAUUGACAGAGUUUGGCAAGAAGGCAAUAUAUGUACCAAACCAAUAAAGUCAAUCCUUGCCAACCCAUUUUUAAUUUCUCCCACAUAUAUAAAUCUCUUCAUUAUUACUCAACUUUUUUAGUUUACCUUGGAGGCUUUGCUUUAGCUUAAUUUGCUGAAUAAGAAAUUAAAAGGCAAAUCUUCUUCGUCCCCCAUUCAUUUCUAUUAUUUCUUUCUUGUUUCUUUACUUCCAAGGUAAAUCCAUAUUUCUACCUAGCACUUCUUUUUUCUUCAUAUUUGUAUCCUAUUGUAUGUAUUCCUUUGUUACCUGAUACCUGUUGCUGGUGGGAGGUAGCACGUAUCUCAUAAAAUUAGUACUGGUGUGCGAAAGCUGACCCAGACAUCAUGGUCAUAAACAAAAGUAUUUUCUUUUUGUUAGCAAGGAUUUUGUUGAGGGGAUUCAAGAAAAUCGAAAAGUACCAUAUCUUUAUGCUAUUUACGGUAUAAUAACUUAUGUCUAUAUUAAUAGUGAAGUACAAUAGUUUUUUAUGAAUUUAACGACGUUGUAAAUUAAUUUAGUGUAACCACAAAGAUUAGAGCACCAAAAAUGCAGGGGUGAACCUUCUUUUGUGGCAGCAAAGCCGGCUUUUAAUUAGUGGGAAAUUAUAAGAACACUAACCAUAUAGUUAAGGUAACGCGUUGCUUUAUAUUAUUUGUUUAAAGUGUUAAUCCCAUGUGACCUUUGCUGCAUUUCCUAUGCCAUUCUUCAACUUCACUUUAUUACUUAGAACACACACUUUGUCUCUGCCCAAGAUCCAAUGAACAAGCUCAUUUAAUCAUCUAUUUAAGUCUACUUGUAUUAUGUGUUGUACUAAGAGAUAACAAUUUUCUUGAAUUGUGCUUUUUCCUUUUCUUCUAAGAGUUGCUUUUCACUUCAUAUAUUUGUAGGUGGAUAGUUUUCAUGUGGAUGAACUUUGAUGGGGUUAGUUAGGAAUCUUGAUAUGAGAAGUGGAGAUUCUUUAGAAGGAUUGUUGAGUGACAAAAGUAAGAUGAGACAACAAAAGAGUGGUUCUUCAAGGGUUGUUACUUUGUUAACUUGUUUACAGUUCAUGUUUGCUGUUUAUGCUACAUUUCUUCUGUAUUACAUGAGCCCCUCUAUAGAUUUAAGGUCUAAACCAGAUUUUAGUUGGACUACAAGAAUUGCUAACCAAUGGAAGCAAUUCAUAAUCCCUCCUCACGUCGUUACUCGUUAUAAUCAGGAAGCUAAUUCAGUUGUUAGAGCUGAAAGUACUCAACCAAGUAGUCCUUCUGAAGUUUGUGAGCAUGAGAAGAUUGAUUUUGUACAGAAGAAGUCGAACGAUGCUGUCAUGAUCAAGUUGAAGACAGAGCUUUAUCAAGAAGUGCUAGAUUUUCAAAGAAAGUCCUUUGGUGCUGAGACUCUAUCUCAACUGAUGGCAAUGAAGUCCAAAUGGGAUUUGCGCGGUCCAAACAAGCCAAAAAUCACAGUGAUUUUGAAUCAUUUUAAGAGGAAAACACUUUGUGCUCAGCUUGACUCUUUGCUAGGCCAAACCCUCCCAUUUCAUCAUGCUUGGGUGCUCUCAUUUGGAAGUCCAAAUGAACAGUCCUUAAAGAGAAUUGUUCAUAGAUAUAAUGACUCGAGAAUAAGCUUUAUCAGUUCAAGCUAUGAUUUCAAGUACUAUGGAAGGUUCCAAUUGGCCUUACAAACAGAAGCUGACCUUGUAUAUAUCAUCGAUGAUGACAUGAUCCCGGGGAAAAAGAUGCUGCAAAUGUUUGCACAUGUUGCAGGAACAGACAAGUACAAAAAUUCUGUUUUGGGCAGCAUUGGUAGGAUUUUGCCUUUUAGACAGAAGGAUUCUAGUUUUCCGAGCUAUAGGAAGUUUCGAUCCAAGGAAGCAGGGCUGUAUUUACCUGAUCCUGCCUAUAACAUCACAGUGAACAAAAUUGUUCAGGUGGAUUUCCUCUCUAGUUCUUGGUUUAUGUCUGCUGAACUUGUCAAGACACUCUUUAUCGAGACACCAUUUACGUUCAUGACAGGGGAAGACUUGCACUUAAGCUAUCAGCUUCAGAAGUAUAGAAAUGCUGCUUCGUUUGUGCUACCAGUUGAUCCAAAAGAUAAAGACACUUGGGGUGACAGUGAGCAUAGGCUUGCCUAUGUAUCCGAAACAACUGUAAUUUUCAAAGACAUUGUUCAAGUACGAGAUGAUCAGUGGUGGAAGGUGCUUUCUACUGGCUACGUGACACAAUGGGCUGCGAUGUAUCCACAAAAAAUCGAUGUGCUUUUCUAUGCCCACUCUGUCGAUGAAGUUAAAGCUCUUGCGCCUCUUCUGCUAAAGUUCAGUUCAACUGUUGGAAAAAAGGCCUAUAUCGUUGUCUCAGGAGGCAAAUUUUGCCCUUGUGAAGAUGCUGCAGCAGCUUUGAAGUGGCCUAAGACAGUAUGCAAGGAAAAAAGAUUCAAGAUUAUGGAUCUAGGAGUUGGUGCUUUAUCAGGAAAUUCAAAUUCAGAAGUGCCUGUUGUUCAAGCAGUGUAUGCUAGCAUGAAAGGACUGAUCAAAAUUCACAAUCCUAGCUUAGUGAUCACAGUAGACGAUACAGACUCUAACGUGAAGAAAGCUCUGAAGAUGGCUACUGAAGCUAACACAAAUAGUUCAACACUCGUUCUUCUUCCAAAGUCAUCGGUGUCAAAGGUUCUUUGGAUGGCUGAUAUUCGUUCAACAGCAUUGCCAAAUUGGAACCGUAUGAAGAUUCAUGUGAAUAUCAUCACACAAACCAGAGCUAAUUCACUUGCAAGGCUUCUCAAGUCUCUAAGUGAUGCAUACUACAUUGGUGAAGAAGUUCCUAUAACUUUCAACAUGGAUAGCAAGGUGGAUGAGGCAACUCUAAAGCUUGUCAACUCAUUCAAUUGGCCUCAUGGACCCAAAAUUCUUCGAAGGAGAAUCAUUCAAGGAGGCCUAAUUCGAGCAGUUAGUGAGAGUUGGUACCCCUCAUCGGACGAUGAUUUUGGUCUCUUACUUGAAGAUGACAUUGAAGUUUCCCCAUACUAUUACCUUUGGAUCAAAUAUGCGCUCUUAUCCUACCACUAUGACCCUGAAAUAUCUCUCCCUGAGCUCUCCUCGAUCUCUCUUUACACUCCACGGUUAGUGGAAGUUGUAAAAGAAAGGCCUAAAUGGAAUGCAACAGAAUUCUUCAAACACAUCCAUCCAAACACACCUUAUCUCCACCAGCUACCUUGCAGUUGGGGUGCAGUUUUUUUCCCAAAGCAAUGGCGGGAAUUCUACGUUUACAUGAACAUGAGAUUCACAGAAGACGCGAAGCAGAAUCCUGUACAAAUCCCAAGAUCAAGAACCAAUGGUUGGCAAGCAUCUUGGAAGAAGUUCUUGAUAGACAUGAUGUACUUAAGAGGGUACGUUACACUUUAUCCGAAUUUUCCAAAUCAAACAAGCUUUUCGACUAAUCAUAUGGAACCAGGAGCACAUAUUGCAGCUAAAGAAAAUGUGAUCAAACAUAACAAGGCUGAUUUUGAGGUGCCAUUGCUAAAAGAAGACUUUAGAAACUUUCUACCUAAUGGAAAAAUGCCUGCAGCUACAAGAUUACCUUCAUUAAACCUCUUUAAUCAACCAGUUUCUCUCAAGGGCUUAAAGGCAGCUGGUGCAAAACUGGGACAGGAUAUUCUUAAAUGCAAUCAAACAGAGAUAGUAACUGUGAACCAUGAGACAGGUGUACCUUCACAUUGUACAAAAUUCUAAAAAAUUCAUAAUUUUUUUUCUUCUUCUUUCAUUUAUAGAUCAUUGAAGGUUUAUUUGAUAAGUUUUUUUCCUUAUUGUUAUACAUUUAAGUAAGGACUAAGAGUUGUAUAGUUUAACAUUGUAACAGCCAAAAAGUGGCUAUCUGCACACUGUAUGUAUCCUUCUUUUCUCAUUUUCACUCUUCCUUGACCCUCUGAA